AUGCUGUACAAGCUUGACCGUGGUACAGCCCGAGAAAGUGCUGUUGCAGGAGUAGAGUCUGCCGCUCCUGUCUUCAAGAUGAAGAAAACUAGAGAGGAACUCAGGCUAGCUCGAAAGCUGCUGGAGAAGAACGCGUUAACAUGUAACGACAAAGACGAGGUGGAAGUGGUUGGAAGUGAGGACGAAGUAAAAUUCGCUCAUGAAAAGGUCAAGGCCGAUGUGACCGAGCCCGAAGUACUGGACGAGAUCGAGAAAACCGAGAUUACCGAGAACGGCAGGGGGACAGACCAUAUCGAUGGCAUAACGGGGUUUGCCUCAGACAGCCCAGUGCUUGAAGACGACGAUGAUGAAACUGCGGAUGACGAUGUCAUGGACCGACGUCGUUCCGAGCCUCCUGCAUAUGUUGUCAGUCAUCCGUGGGCCAUUGUCGACUAUCACCUAUAUCUCUGCUCCGCCGAAAGGGGUCAAACUUUGGAGACUAGACGGAACGGCACUUAUCUGUUUGACGGCGCUGAUUGCCGCCCUCUUUCUUAUGAGGAGUUCGCGGAGGACCGAGCUUUGGCAUCACAAUGCUCCCCAGGCGACCAGCCUCAGCUAUUGUUUGGCAUCCUGCCGAUAGCGGAGCGACAUCACUUUGCGGAUCGGAACCCUUCCUUUGGAGGUCGACACUACGUGCUGGGCUUCGACUAUGACUGCAAGACUCUGUAUGCUCGUCAUUUCGACUGGUUUCCUCAUGACCUUAGCGAUAUUUGGUGUGUUUGGGAUAAUAGCAGCAAUGUGUACACAGUCACCGUUCCUGAUCUCAUACACAUCAUGGACACCAGCCUUGGCAAAGGAGAGAUCCCUGUCGGAAUGGGAAUCCUCAGUUCAAGCCAGUAUUGUUUGGCUUUGGAGUCGGACGAUGACCCCGGUCUUGAGAUAAUCAUCGCUACACUGUGGUGCCAGUGGCUGCUGGACUUUAGUGACAUCCUCUUUAAGCAAGAAACGGGCUCCCUCCCCGACUUCCAAGCAAGGCUUGCCUCCUACGUCGAGCAGGGCCGUCUGAUCCUUCAGCGGGCGUCGUAUAGGGCUUGGUUCGCCGUACGGGACGGUUAUUCAAAGGAGCAAUACAGGAGCAAUGUGACAAUCAACCAGUACACCAACGACCUUUACACAUUUGAGAAGUCGGAGCAAGAUGGCAGUCUGAAGGGACAGCCUUGGGUGGCACCCGGCCUUGAAACCUGCAAUCAGAUCCGCCACAAUGAGCGCAUGCAGAGAAAGAAGCGCGUAGAACAGCGGCUAGAGGACUUGUUCGUGGCCCCAGAGACCGAGGCUACUCAGGAUCAGGAAAGUGUACUCCGAAGCAUUCUUGCAAAGACAGGGCAGGGUGUGGUGGAUUUCAGUAAAGAUGCCCCGGCUGAUAUCCCUAAAACUCCGUCGCCAAAAUCUCGCCACGAUACUUCCAAACUUCCGGAAAGAUCCUAUUCUGGGUCGCCUGUGAUCCUUACCCCUGCUACCGCGUCAUGCAACGGGUUUGGGUCUACUGCGUAUCAUCAUGUUCCGCUUUGUAUGCUUUUGGAACGGGCUCUGGACCUGGCGCACACCUACCCGGAGCUGGACAAUAUUGCAAACCGAGAACGGCUUGGAGACUUGUUGGCGGACAUGGGCAUCGAGGUUCAAGAAUUCGUCGCGGGAUUGGAUAAUCAUGGCUGGAAGCCCGAUACGAGUUCGAAAGAGGACAGUCCUUCCUGUCUUAUCCAAUGUCCUGCAUUCGACUAG